GGUAAAGGAAACGUGGGUUCAGAUUGGUGGUACCAGUACCGAUCCACUGGGAGAUCUUUUUUGGAACAUCCAGCAAACUUUUCUCGAGAUACCGUAGCAGAACCUUGCAUCGCACUUUGUCCCUCUACUAAUAAUACAGUAGCCAUGACGACACAUGAUGAUCAGACAGCCUUUAAAGCAGAAUGCGGUUAUCAGUUCAACCAAUAUCUGAAGCAAGUAUUUCCUGAUGGUCUUCCAAGGCUCACGAGUACGGACGAAUCAAGCAACAAGAAACGCAAUUUGGAUAUUUGGGCAGGACGCCGUUUGAAGUUUCUGCCCAGUCACACCAGUGCCUGGCAAUUUGGAACAGUGCAAGCUUUGGAAGAGGUAUUCUCGGAUAAAGAUGACAGUGUGUCGUCAUCCUUGUUCAUCACCGUCAAGUUGGAGGAUAAAGAAGCUGAUUCCGCUCUCGUCGAUGGGGAUUUAGUUCAAAUCCAAGGUUCCGAAAACCCGGACGUUGAAGGCAUUGUCACAUGCAUACAACGUAAGCACAAGCACAGGUAUCAAGUUGAGAUCAGUCGGGAUAAGGCGGCAACGAUCGGAAAGAAGUUCCUCCGGCAAGUUGUUGAAAUCAACAGAGAAAUCUGCCGGCUGGAUAUUGACUCCGGUGGCGCACUCCGAGGCAAACCAAACGUUGACUUGGCAAGUCUUAUCAGCUUUGAGUGGCUGGAACCCGCAAAACCUAAAAUGGAGAGCAUAUUACCAACCAUAAAAGACUGGACUCCAGACAAUGGUAUCAUUGACAUGGACGGGUUGGAAGCAAAACGAGCCGACAAUCUACAGUUGCUUUCCUCAUUGGCUAGUCGAGUUGGCAUGUACUCUGACCUGAGUAUGGACCGACAAAUUUUCGAUAUCCCGACGAAUCCGCCACUGUUGCAAUACUUGGACUCUCUGAGCAGUCGGGUCUUAAAAGAAUCCGAAGAUUUGAACCGUUUGUGCAACACUCUCAUGGAACUGCCUUUGCUGCUUUGGAACUGCUUGGCAUUUUUGCCUGUCCUUGGCAAGCUGUCUGAGGGUGCUUUAAAAGUCAUGAUCUAUGUGGUUCAGCAUAGACGGCGCAAUGGCUGCUUUCAGAAAAUGUGGAUCUGGAUUUGGGAGCACUAUGGACCUUCAAAUGACCAGUUCAGCUCAGCUCACAUUGCCGCCGAGAGUUUUUCCGAGGAGUUCUUCGAUAUUGAAUACACCUGCUGGUUGGCAUCGCUGUACAAUUCAAUUGCUCGUUAUCACGAGCGUCUUGGCCAUACGGAGGGGCAACUGGUUUGGACAGAGCGUGCAAUGAAACUUGAUGAGAACAACACCAGGACUGAUCUUGCCGCUUUGCACACGAUUGCUGACGUCGCCGAACUAAACCUAAAAGUUGGUAACUUUGUGCAGACAAUCCAAUUGCUGACAACUGGCAACGACUUUUCAAUCUUUCACUUCGCAGUGCCGACUAACCGGCAAGGUGCCUUGGACUUGAUGAUGAACAAGGGCCAAUGUGCCAAGGCCUUGCAGCAUGAAAUCUCGUUCUGGGUAGGGACCUCACACUACGUGCCAGUAAAAAAUGGAGAGGCUCGCAUACGCAACUUUCAGAAGCUCCUCAGAACAACACAUGAUGAUUGCGGAUUUGCAGAAGAAUCUUCUGCAAAUCUGCACUCAAUGUGGACAGGGCUAGGAGGCAAAAUGCGUGGCAUAGUACCUGACAUCUUCACGGUAUCCCAUGUAUCCCCACAUCGAGAGCCCGUGGUUUUUUGGAAGGAAGACGCCCAAGCAUUUCAUUUCGCUGAAGCAGGCACUUUCGCUUCCCUCACUCGGGACGCUCCAUUGCAUCCAUUGGCAAAGCAUGGCGAGAUAUCACAGUUCAAAAACCCCAAAAUCGAACUGGCCUACUCGCGAAUUUAUCACGGGGACUUCGAUCUGGAGUGGACCGUUGCAUCUGACAACACAUUUGUCGCAUGCCUUCUUGGCAGACAGCACAAGUGCGGCGACGUGGACACAAUUCAAUUCAGAGGCCGUUUAAUGUUUCUCAAGUUCUAUCCUAUUCAUAAAAGUGCGGAAACUGGGAACACAAUAAACAGGUCCGCCCUACUGGUAGACGCCAGCAUGUUCAACCAGCACUUUGCUGCUCGGACAACAGAAGAACAGAGAUAUGCAUUGGUGUAUCGGGUGCUGCAUCUCUUUCUCAGGUUUGAAGGCAACAGGCUGAAGUUCAAGCUUGUCGAUGGAAUUGCUGAGCGACUGGACAUUCAAUAUCGCAAGAAGAAGUGGUGGAAAGAGGUGCUAGAUCUCUCAAUAGUCACUGCAGACCUUGCCUGUCUCCUAGGGGAAAAUGGAAGAAAACAGCAAUUCAAAUGGGCCCAAAAAGUUGGGGAAGCACUAGAGGCGACCGGGGCAUUCCUUCCAGCUGCAAAACUGUACCGUGAGCUCGCAGAAACCUUCUUUUCAGGCGCAACACGUGCUCCUUGGUUGCAUUCGAAUUGUGGACUUGCUUACAAACGCGGGGGUGAUUUUGCCAAUGCAGAAAUGCAGUACAUCACUGCUUUGCACUGCAUCGAAAGGGGCGACGAUUGGAAGCUACAGGAAGGACGCACAUUUAACACCUUCGAAAACUUGAUCAUAAUGUACGAUCAGCUCCACGAAAAAUACAACGACCAUGCAGCAGGGAGGCUUCUGUCAAUACUGUGCGCCCUUCUGUUUCAAGCUGGAUUCGCAUCUCAUGGGAAUUGCUUCCUAAGGCUCUAUGCUGCCAAGUGUCAACCUACUAAGCGCUUCUUGAAGCGUGAGUUCCGUACUCACAAAUCGUCCAAGCGCGCUUUGACAGAAGCCUUUGACCAUGCAGAUGUACAAAUCUUUCGAUCCCACUUGAUGGGGAUUGGGUUAGAAGACGUGUGCACAGUUGAGAGUGCAAGAGUUGUCAAGCCAUCCAAAGAAUCCCGCAAGGUGGAUCGGAGAAUUGCUCGAGGUGAGCUGGAUUUGCCUAACAAACCUCUUUUCCUGACCACUUGCGCAAACAAGUCCUGCAUGAAGAGAGGUAUGCAGUUCAAACUGUGCAGCAGGUGUCAGGCGGUGAGUUAUUGUUCCAAGGAGUGCCAGCGGGAAGCGUGGAAAGUCCACAGGAAGUCAUGUUCCAUCAACAAAUAGCUCAGACUUCAGCCUUUGCAUUGGUGGCUCUCUAUCCGCGUGGAACUUCCGGUACUGCAGGCGACUCCAGAUGCUGUUAAAAACUUAGCUCUGGCAUCAAGCAUAGCUGCAGGCCCUGCUCCCGUCCUCUUUGCUCUCCCAGUACAACCCACCACCGCAGCAGCCGCUGCUCUGCCUAGCUUAGCGCCCCCUCGCUCCUUAACGUAUCUACUUAGUAUUCAUUUUUCCAACAUA